CGUCCUCGCAAAUUACAAUUAUACCGGCUCAACUACGAAAGUGUUUUUAAUUUUUUUUUAGGGCGUUUGUUUUCAUUUUUUUUUUUUUUUUUAAAUUUGAUAAAUUACUGUAUCGCUUAUUAUAUCGGCUUGUUAAAUACAUUUAGGUAUUAAAAUGUCAUUCAACAACAUUUUUUUAUUUUUAUUUGUCAUUUCGGCCGGUAAAGUGCUUUCGGAAUUACCACCUGGAAUAACACCAUGUUCUCGAUCGGAUCCACCGGAUGACUAUGACAAAUGUGUCCUUCAGCAAUUAAUGAUACUUACGCCACAACUUAUCAAAGGAAUUCCUUCAUUAAAGUUACCACCUCUGGAUCCGCUAUCUUUACCAUCAUUAGUCGUUGACCGCAAUCUCGAUGCUAUUAGAGUCAAAGCUAAUUUAACAAACGUACGAGUUUAUGGUGCUAGUAAUUAUGAGAUCGAUGAACUCAGAGCAAAGCCUAAUGAUUUGGCUGUAUUUUUGAGAGUACGAAUUCCUUACAUACACGUUAAAGGAAAUUAUGAUGUCAAGGGUAACCUUUUAUUAUUAACACUCAAUGGCAAUGGAGCUUUUCGAGGCAAUUUUACAAACACUCAAGUUCGUGUAAGUGCUCAAGGUAAAGAAAUCGUCGACAAAAAUCAAGUUAAAAGAAUCGAGCUCAGUAAAUUAGUGACUAAAUUACGCAUUGGUGAUGGAAAUAUAAAACUGAAAGCACCUCCGACGCAAGUUCUUACAGCGGAUGCAGCUACUUCGUUCUUUAAUUCAAAUCCAAGACUUGUAUUGGAUAUAAUUAAUCCAAUAAUCGAAGAAACAUCAGCAUCUAUUGGUAAAGCAUUAGCUGCAAGAGCACUCGGUGCUCUGUCUAAGGAUGAAAUUUUACCGUAA